AACACGCAGCCCCCUCCCGCCUGAGUGACAACUGGCCAGCGUACUUUCAGCUGAUGUCCCUUUAAAACUCGAAUCCAAGGGGGUAAUGAUUUAUCAAACUUGUAUUAUCAAGAAAAUGUCAAACGAAGGGCACCUUGCUUUGCACUGACGCAAACCCGGCCUUUCCCAAGGAGAUAUAGAAAGCGCCUCUCUUGCUGGAGCCAAACCCAGUCUUGUCAAUAGCUGGUCUCACUCUCUACUCGUUGAAUCUGUUGCCCGCUUCAGACAUGGAUUGCAGUGCUCCCAAGGAAAUGAAUAAACCACCAGCCAACAGCCUGGAGGCGGCGGUGCCCCCGGGCCACCACGAUGGCCCGUGCGCGCCCAGGACGAGCCCGGAGCAGGAGUUUCCCGCGGCCACCGCCGCGCCGCCGCCGCGUGUGCCCAGGUCCGCUUCCACCGGCGCACAAACUUUCCAUGCCCCCGACGCGCGAGCCUGCGAGGCCGAGCGACCCGGAGGAGCGGGGGCUUGCAAAAUGAGUAGCCCUCGGGCGCCGGCGGCCUCGGCGGCUCUGCGGGACUGCAGCGAGGCGCACGGUGCGCAGGCCGCCCCUCCUUCGGGGGGCGCCGGGCCCGGCAACGCGCUGCCCUGUAAGAUUCCAGCCCUGCGGGGCCCGGAGGGGGAUGCGAAUGUGAGUGUGGGCAAGGGCACCCUGGAGCGGAACAAUACCCCGGCCGUAGGCUGGGUGAAUAUCAGCCAGAGCACCGUGGUGCUGGGCACGGAUGGAAUCACGUCCGUGCUCCCGGGCAGCGUGGCCACCGCUGCCGCCCAGGAGGACGAGCAAGGGGAUGAGAAUAAGGCCCGAGGGAACUGGUCCAGCAAACUGGACUUCAUCCUGUCCAUGGUGGGGUACGCAGUGGGGCUGGGCAAUGUCUGGAGGUUUCCCUACCUGGCCUUCCAGAACGGGGGAGGUGCUUUCCUCAUCCCUUACCUGAUGAUGCUGGCUCUGGCAGGGUUGCCCAUCUUCUUCCUAGAGGUGUCCCUGGGCCAGUUUGCCAGCCAGGGGCCGGUGUCUGUGUGGAAGGCCAUCCCAGCCCUGCAAGGCUGUGGCAUUGCAAUGCUGAUCAUCUCCGUCCUAAUAGCCAUAUACUACAAUGUGAUUAUUUGCUACACACUUUUCUACCUGUUUGCCUCCUUUGUGUCUGUGCUGCCCUGGGGCUCCUGCAACAACCCUUGGAACACGCCAGAAUGCAAAGACAAAACCAAACUUUUACUAGAUUCCUGUCUGAUCAAUGACCAUCCCAAAAUACAGAUCAAGAACUCGACUUUCUGCAUGACUGCCUAUCCCAACUUGACAAUGGUUAACUUCACCAUCCAGGCCAAUAAGACGUUCGUCAGUGGGAGUGAAGAGUAUUUCAAGUACUUUGUGCUGAAGAUUUCUGCAGGGAUUGAGUAUCCUGGUGAGAUCAGGUGGCCACUAGCCUUCUGCCUCUUCCUGGCUUGGGUGAUUGUGUAUGCCUCCUUGGCGAAGGGAAUCAAGACUUCAGGAAAAGUGGUGUACUUCACGGCCACGUUCCCGUAUGUUGUGCUCGUGAUCCUUCUCAUCCGAGGAGUCACCCUGCCCGGGGCCGGCGCUGGGAUUUGGUACUUCAUCACACCAAAGUGGGAGAAACUCACGGAUGCCACGGUGUGGAAAGACGCUGCCACUCAGAUUUUCUUCUCUUUAUCUGCUGCAUGGGGAGGCCUGAUCACUCUCUCUUCUUACAACAAAUUCCACAACAAUUGCUACAGGGACACGCUGAUCGUCACUUGCACCAACAGUGCCACCAGCAUCUUCGCCGGCUUCGUCAUCUUCUCAGUCAUCGGCUUCAUGGCCAACGAACGCAAGGUGGACAUCGAGAACGUGGCCGACCAAGGGCCAGGUAUUGCAUUCGUGGUUUACCCAGAGGCCUUAACCAGGCUGCCCCUCUCUCCCUUCUGGGCCAUCAUCUUUUUCCUGAUGCUCCUCACUCUUGGACUUGACACUAUGUUUGCCACCAUCGAGACCAUAGUGACCUCCAUCUCGGACGAGUUCCCCAAGUACCUGCGCACACACAAACCGGUCUUUACCUUGGGCUGUUGUGUUUCUUUCUUCAUCAUGGGCUUCCCAAUGAUCACUCAGGGUGGAAUUUACAUGUUUCAGCUUGUGGACACGUACGCCGCCUCCUACGCCCUCGUCAUCAUCGCCAUCUUUGAGCUCGUGGGGAUCUCCUAUGUGUACGGCUUGCAAAGGUUCUGUGAAGAUAUCGAGAUGAUGAUUGGAUUCCAGCCAAACAUUUUCUGGAAAGUCUGCUGGGCCUUUGUGACUCCGACCAUUUUAACUUUUAUCCUCUGCUUCAGCUUCUACCAGUGGGAGCCCAUGACCUACGGCUCUUACCGAUACCCGAACUGGUCCAUGGUCCUUGGGUGGCUCAUGCUUGCCUGCUCCGUUAUCUGGAUUCCGAUUAUGUUUGUCAUAAAAAUGCAUCUGGCUCCUGGCAGAUUUAUUGAGAGGUUGAAGUUGGUGUGCUCGCCGCAGCCGGACUGGGGUCCCUUCUUAGCUCAGCACCGUGGGGAGCGUUACAAGAACAUGAUCGACCCCUUGGGGACCUCUUCGCUGGGACUCAAACUGCCAGUGAAGGAUUUGGAACUAGGCACCCAGUGCUAGUCUGGUGGCAUGGGAUGGCCCAGACUUGAUUCUCUUUCUCCUCUCUGCCUUUCCCUGAUGCUUUCCCCAGCCGUCUUCCCAUUUGUCUUCUUCCUUCUCCCCACGUCUCGGUUCAUACCUGUGCAUGAGAGUGAUGACUUAGAAAAGUAGGACAUAGUGUUGCAUGCUGUAGCCGAGAGCCAGACGGGGCUCGGUUUGCCUGUGUCCACGCUGUCAGUUUCCAGUGGGCUUUGCCUCACAGGCUCAAAUCAACGAGGGGAGCGCCUCCCAGCAAAGUCACGUGUAGAUGUCCGUGAGUUGGUCCGUAGAGAAGCAUCCUCUGUGACUGUCGCUGGUGGGGCCAGUCAGGCUGGUGCAGGAUAACCAGACAGUUGGUUUGGACUCAUCUGAGCCAUGUCGUGGUUUCGUCCAGGCACACAAAGUUGAGGACACGGUACCUCUGGAGGGUGGGCAGUGGUCAGAGAAUGUUUUCACGUAAGAUGAGGCUGGUGGACUCAGACACCCCCAAGGUGAUGAAGUUCCCGUUUCCAUUCAUGACUGGGGCUCUGUUUCCAUCAUUUGGACCAACUAUCUCAAGGACUCACAGGCUUUCUCUCUGCAAGCUGAGACCCUCAAUGAAGAGUCAGCUCUAUUCCCUCAGUUGGUGGUUUUUUUUUUUUUUUUAAUGACCAUAGUUGUGAAUUCUUUGGGUCCUUUCCUCUACCUCUGCAUCGUGUUAUUUGUGCCCGAUGUCAUACACUCAUACCAGAGUGCCCUUCUAGUUUCUCCAUAUGCCUAGUACCGUGGUUCAAUGUCACAUCCCACGUGUCUUCUCUCCCAAAUGUCUUUCUGUGAGCUGCAGUUACCUUGUCGCUCAGAAACUGAGACUUAACCCUGGUUCUGUCUGUCUGUUACAUAUAUCAGACACAAACUCUCGAAAGACAGAUCAUGUCUCAGUUGUUACUCUUCACUUUUUCACUCAUAGCCGAUGCCAGUUGUAGCCGUUGAAUCAAAGAAGUGGAGAGUUGAAGAGAAAGCAACCAGAAUACUCACUGCACUUUAGGUACAAAAGUUUCUGAUAGAUGUAGGUUAGGUAAGUAGCAGAUGAGCCAAUUAGAGCUACUGCUUUUAAGACUACACUUAGCUGAUACCAUUUGAAGAGUUCCCGAUUCACAAUACUCAUAAUCACACUCUAAUGAGAGUGGAUCAUAUGUCUACAGAGAUUGGCGAAGCUGAAACCUCUAUUAUCUUCUUGUAUCCUGAACAUGCAUAUAUGAGAUUUUUAAAAUGUGAUAUGUGUUCACGUAGUGUGUACUUGUAAUGGUGUUUUCUGUCUUUAUAAAUAUCUUAUGAAUCACUGUAGAGAUAGUGAGUAUAGUAUAGUAUAGUCUUUUUUUUUUUUUCCCUUACAGUAAUAAUAUCUAAACUUAAAAUUGUUUCCUUAGGGGAGACCAUUGCAAUCAUUUUCUUAUUUGUUUGUGUUCAUAUUACAGGGUCUCAGGCAAAAUUUUCAGUUCAAAUCUUGUACAUUGAUGUGACAUUUUCAUCCUUUUCAACAGUAACGAAACCCAACAACAGACCUUAAAGUAAUACUUUUUAAAAAAAUAACUUCAUUUGUUAAAGAAAAAAAAAAUAGCUCAUCUUACUGAGCUCUUUCUUUUCUGGGGCAGAUAUCAUUGUCAUUUGCCAUGUGAACUUCCGGUUUUGAAGAGUAGUCUGUGGAAACUUUCAAAAAAGGAAGCGCAGAUGGGUUUUGAACGUGAGGUUUUUCAUCUCUUUUGUUUUCAAGGUGUGUUUGUUCUUCCUCCUCCCGUUCCUUUUUUCUGCUUGCUUACCUCCCAAAGUUAGAACUUACUGGAAUCCAUCACAGAGACUAAACCCUAAGCUUCCCCUAGACUUAGCUUUAGGAAACUGAGCCAUGACCUUCCGGCCCGUGUUUCCCAUAGUGACGUGUCCAGCAUUAACAUUGGUUUCCCCGAGAAAGCCAUACUGAAGAGAAGUCCCCACGGCUCUAGCAGAUCCUACACAGUGGUACCAAAAAUUCGCCUCUCCCCUUGGUAACCGACGGGGUGGGAGAGGAAGGGAGGACUAGCUUUGGUUUGGAAAGGAUCUGUAGCCUUUCCAAUUUGAACAUUGAAGAAAAGCACUGAUAUCGAUUGGCACCCUCCCAUGGGAACGAUGGGUUUGCGUCAGGAUGCGUGGCUUCUGGCUUUCCUCUCUUGCCUCUUGGCUAAGGUUCGAGUCGGAUGCUGGAUGCCAACCCAAUUUCUGUUAAUUAUUGCUGUUGUGAUUAAAAAGGGGGUGAGGUGAACUCAUGGAUGCUGCCAGGUUUGUUCUGUACACACCGCAAGUUCGAUUCAUUGUGAGAAUGGGGACAGCCUCACUAACUAGUGCGUUUUGCACUUUGCAUUUGUGUUCAUUACAAUCUGUCCAGUUAAGACCCAGGGGCUGUUCCCUGAGCAACUGGGUUUAUGUGUGUGUGUCUGUCUGUAUUUUUAAAACUUUUUUCCUACAGCGUCCAAAUUUUGUGUACAGUGUCCUUAAAGGUGGAAGGUUCUAAGCUUAUCUGGGAAUGGUUACCUUGUGAGUUUAGUUUUGUCUCUUCCUACAGUCUUGUUUAACUUUGGAGGCUUUCCUUGCCAGAGUAGUGUUGGGUAUCUGAGUUGUCUCCACUCAUGGCCAGUCUGCUCAUGCUGUACCUCCCCUAGGCUUGGCUGGGAUGCUAAGAGCUGAGAUGCAUGUGACCAGAUGGAUGUUUCCAUGCUAUUGAAAUGCACAGUCAAGUGGAAGGAAAAAAAUGAAUGAAUAAAAAUGAAAUGAACAGCAUUGUCAUAAAGCGCGACUUGAGAGUUCCCCUUCAAACAGAGACAAAAACCAAGUUGUUGAGGAAAGGCUUGCGUUGGUUCACUGUGCAGAAUGGUGGGGGUGUUUUCUACUUGUGAAAUUGUUUCCUAAUACCAACAAAUGCCAGAAACCCAUUCCGAGAAAAAAAAAAAAAAAAGCCAUAUGUUAAAAACAGUAACCCUGUAAUAUCCUUAAAGGAGAAAAAUAUGUGUAUGUCUUAACAAUUGGUGUUGUGGCUUCUUAUGCAUUUAUUUGUCUUGUGUAUUAGUAACUUUUAAUCUCUUUAAGGCUGUGUGUUUGUCAUGUACAAAUGUGUCCAGUCUGGUCUGUUGUCUCUUUCUCUCUUAUAUUUAUUUAUUGCAUGAAAUCUGUGGUCAAUGCAAAAUCUCGAUGACCUCAACGUCUUUGAAAUUUCCAAUGUGUCUUUAAUAGGUCAGAAAUGGAGUCAACUUGUAUUUCAGUGAGCCGCACUUUAAAAGGACAUUGAACACAAUGACCCGGAAAUGGAUAAGACUUGGGUUCUCUUUGCUAAUGUUGCACUGGAGUUGAGUUUUCCUUUAAGUUCUAGUUCUGUUAUCUGUAUGUGCCUCAGUGCUUCUGAUAAACUUGACCUGUCAGCAUGGUUUUCCCAUGCCUAAAACUAAGAUUUUUUUCUUCUCUCUUUGUUCGCUUGGCCAUUGGUCAUCAUUCUUUUCACCAGAGGCUUGCACAAUAACUAAUGCUUCAUGUAAGUGUGAUGGCAAGAUCCUGCUGCUGCUACCUGGAUUUGGGUCUGUGAGACACUUCUGCAGGCUGGGUGGUAGGUUCUCUUGCAGAGAAAACAGGCCAAGGCCAACGAAUGAGUCUCACCUCUGUUUCCUCCUGGGUAUUGUAUUAGAAACCUCCAGGCUGGGAGCAAAGGUUUGGAUGAUCGAACCUUAAUGCUGAUUUCUCUGCAAAGUGGUCUGAGGAUUUGCAAAAGUAAAGCUAUCUUUCCUGGACUUUGCUUCAACUGUGCAGAAAGACCAAGUGAUUUUGAAUCGUGGUCUCUGCUUUGGUCACCUCUGAGCAGCCUGCAGCCAAAGAGAAAGUGUUCUCAGUUUGGGUAUUCAUCACCCCUGGAGAGGGAGCAGUGGCUUGAUUUGCCUGCCAUGGAUUAAAUACAUCUUCAGGUAACCAUUUGCCUUAUAGGUGUAUUUUAUUGUUAGGAUGAUACUUAGUAACUGACUAGGAACUGUUUUGUGUCUCAUUUUUUUGGUCUUUUUUUUGCACUUUAUAUGGACCUAUCAUGGGAUAGGUUUAUUCUUUAACUGCAUACUUGGCUAUUGUCCUUAAUGCAGGCAUCUUAUGUGGUCCUGUUGCCUAUGAAUAAAGAUAUGUUCCCUAAUCAGGUCCUUAUAUUUUUUCAUUAACUGUACAUGAAGAAAAUAUAUUACAUUAUAAAUGAUGCAUCAUAUAUAUAUAUAUCUUAUAGAGUACAUAUUAUAUACUGUGCAUUAUUCAUUUAAGAAGUCAUUAUUCUUGAGGCCCUACCUCAAAUUUUGUAUUUAUGUAUACAAAUGCAAUUUAUGGUAUUAUAUAUUUGCCUAUUAUAUACUGAUAUAAAUUAGAAUUUAUCCUAAUAAUGUAUGAAUUGACAAACCCCUAAAUAAAUAUCAGUGUU